AUCGUUUAGAUCCAGCAACAUACAUCUUUGUUUUACUGCAGCAGCUACUGGAAAUCAGACACAAAGGUAAGAAAAAAUAAACAUAUUUUGAACAGCGAGUAGUUCGGUCAGAUAUUUUACAUAGUGACGAUUAAGAAUAUAGCAAAAUAAAUAUCUAUGAUAAAUUCUGCAUUAGGUGAAAAGGGAAAAGAAAGUCUGGCUGUUCUCAAGACAGUAGCAAUACAACAGAACUUCUAUGUAAUAAUACUCAUAUUUAGAUGCAAAUGACAGAGUCACUGAGCUGACUGUGAAGAAAUAACAUCAUGGGGAGCCUAUGGUCUGCACAUUGCUGUGCAAAAACGAAAGAAAACAGUUGUGAGCAAGACAACAUUUCCACUGCUGAGAAGAGUGAAGAAAGUUCACUCCUUCCUGUUGGACAGCAGAGGGGGGGAAACACAGUGAAGGAAAGAAGGGAGGAGCCUGCAUGCACACAUGCACAAGAAACUUCUGGGGAAAAUGACUGCAGUGAGAACAGCAAUGAUACUGUUGAACUCAGUGCCCUCAGUCCUUGUCUGUCUGCUUCAGCAGUAACAGAAAUGAAAGAUGCAGCCUUGGUGGACAAGAACCGCACUAAGCUCAUUCAAAGCGUCACUUUGGUGAUGGCUAUAGCUGAUGAAUUGAGACAGCGGGGUAUGAUCCAUCCGGAGAUAUACAACAAAAUCAAAGCUGCCGGGACUAGCCAGGAUCAGAUGAGGGAGCUCUACAAUUCACUGACUACUAGAGAAGUCAAAUUUGCCUUCUACAAAAUCCUCAAAGAAAUUGAGCCACAGACGUGUGAAACAGAAGAUGUCAUCAAGGAGGUCAUCAAAAAGAACAAAGAAUAUCUGAGGCAGAAGUGUCAAUGGGAGUUGGAAGGCACUGGGAAGUCUCGUAAGGAUGAAAAAUCAUUGGAUAAAAUUUACACAGAGCUUCACAUUAUACAAGGAGAGAGUGAACAUGUCAAUAAACAACAUGAGAUCUGGGAGAUUGAAGAUAAAGCGAGAAAUCAAACUGUUGAGUGUACAAAAAUCAACUCUAAUGACAUCUUUAAACAUGAGAAAGAUGACAAAGAAGUGAAAGCAAUUAGGACUGUGAUGACAAAGGGGGUCGCUGGCAUUGGAAAAACUGUCUCUGUGAAGAAGUUCAUCCUUGACUGGGCAGAUGGAAAAGCCAAUCAGGACUUGGACUUCAUCCUUAUGUUUCCAUUCAGGGAGCUAAAUUUGGUCCAAGAUGAUCAGAUUAGCUUUGAGAACCUUGUGAAAACAUUCCAUCCAGAACUUAAAACCAUAGCAGUUGCGAAAGCUUUGGCUGAUCGUGAAGUUUUGUUCAUCUUUGAUGGUCUCGAUGAAAGUCAACUUCAGCUGAAAUUCAAAACGACCACAAUACUGGAUGAUGCUACAAAGGUGUCCUCAGUGGACACUCUGGUGACCAACCUUAUCAGGAAACAUCUUCUUCCCUCUGCACUUGUUUGGAUUACCUCAAGACCAGGAGCAGUUCAACGCAUCCCUAGUAAGUAUGUCGACCAGUGGACCGAGGUCAGAGGAUUUGAUGAUCCACAAAAAAUAGAGUACUUCAGAAAGAGAGUUGAGGACAAAGCAGUCGCUGAAAAAAUAAUUGAACACAUAACAAUGUCACGGAGCCUGUAUAUUAUGUGUCACAUACCUAUCUUCUGUUGGAUUGCUGUAGAUGUUUUUGAGUAUUUGAUGCGUAAAAUGGGAAACACCAAAGAUGAAAACCAAAAAAUACCCACAACUCUUACUGGGAUGUACACACACUUCCUUCUUAUUCAGAUGAUGAUAGCUAAUGAAAAAUAUGGCAACCAGGAAGACCAGGAAAAGCCUGAUACAGCAGAGCUUUUUAAGUCAAAUGAAGAGUUCAUUUUGAAAUUAGGCAGGCUGGCUUUUGAGCAACUAGAAAAAGGCCGGAUCAUAUUCACUGCUGAAGAUCUGAAGAAGUAUGACAUAGAUAUAACGAAAGCUGGAGUUUACUGCGGGUUGUGUACAGCAAUAUUCAAAGAAGAGAGUGUGUUCCUAACAAAGAAACUUUACUGCUUUGUGCAUCUCACAGUUCAAGAGUAUUUUGCUGCUCUCUUUGUAUAUCACAGUUUUGUAAAUAAGAAAAUUGAUUCUGAAAGUCUCAAGGAUUUCAUGCUAAAAGGGUCUGAUGAAGAGCUCAAGACUAUCUUGGAAAGUGAUCCAGUGGAUCUACCUUUGAAUGAACUGAUUGAAAUUACAAUAGCUAAUUCGGCUCUUAGAACGACCGGAGAACUGGACAUGUUCCUCAGGUUCCUUAUUGGCUUGUCUCUACAAUCAACACAAGACCUGCUUCAAGGUCUGAUUCAACAGACUGAAGAACACUCAACGAAUAUUGAGCAAAUUCGGUCAAGUCUUUUAGAUAUAGAUUUAUUGGAUUGCUCAGCUGAAAGAUGUCUAAACCUUGUCCACUGCCUGACUGAGUUGAAAGACAAUUCCCUACAUGAUUCAGUACGAAAGUAUCUGAAACCAAAUUGUUUUCCUGAAUCACCGCUCUCUCCUGUUGAGUGUUCAGCUCUGGCUGACUUGAUUCUGAUGUCAAACACACCUCUGGAUGAAUUCAAUCUCAAGAAAUACAGACCAUCAGGAAAAGGUAUCUUUAGACUUCUUCCAGCUGUGAGGAACUGCAGGAAAGCAAGAAUUUCAGGCUUGGAUCUUUCUGUUUGGGAAUAUAAAACUAUCGUUUCAGCUCUUCGUAUGCCACGUUCUGUGCUGACUGAACUGCACCUGGUCAAUAAUACAUUUUACAGCAGAGAUGACGAAGGUGCAGAGAUAUUGAUUGAUGGACUGGGGAAUUGCCAGUGUAAACUGAAAACUCUUAGUCUUUCUGGUCACGGGCUUUCAGAAACACAGAGUGAAAAUCUAGCUUCAGCCAUCAAAUCAAUCAUCUCAAAUUUAAAAGAACUGGAGUUGAGUGACAACAUACUGAGAGACUCAUUACUCUCUGUGCUCUCCACCGGACUGGGCUGCACUAACCUGGAGAACCUCAGGUCAGUGUUAGAUGUUAUUUAGAUGUUAUUCCUUAUCUGGGACUUAGCAUUAUAGCCUGAGAUGACACGGCUUUGAUCAGAAGUUAUUUAUACCAUUACUGGCUUUAAGUCCUGCUUGGAUGUCUAGGCAAUAACCUUUCAUGACUGUGUGUGGGUAAGCCCACUAACAACAACAAAAAAGUGCCCUUUCCAUGUUUGGUCAAUACAAAGAAUGCAUAUGAUUUUGCACUGGCAAAACUGAUGCAGGACUCACUGAAUAACCAUUGUUUUACACUAUAUUCUUUUGUGCGGUGGUUUUUGCAUCAAAGAUUUCAUGAAUGAGUAAUGAGCCUAUCCUAUUACAGCCAAAUGACAACCUGAAAUGAUUUAAAGAGUGGAAAACAAGAAACCUUUGACCUUUGUUUGGCUUCAUAUCUAAUCAGCCAAUCACCCGGCAACUUAGUGCAUUUAGACAUGUAGAUAUGGUGGAACUAAUCUACACAAAGCUGAUUUUAGUGACUUUGAAGAACCACAGGUGACUCUACUACUACUACUAUUUUGGCCAUGAAUUUUCUGCGGGUUUUACCGCUGGAAUAGACAUCCAGGGGAAAAAAUUGGUGGUCCUCCAGACGUGCCAACUAGAAUUGCUUACUGAGCACAUCGGGUUUGUAGCUGAAAAGUCAAUGUUUCAUCCAUAGGAUUAAUGUUAGCUAGCUCUACUUGCUCCAUAUUGUCUAGGUCCAAAAACAACAUGAAUGAUAAGGAGAGCAAAGGGGAUGCUCCCACUUUGCGAGGAAACAAUUUGCCAUAUACACUUUGGGAGAGGUUGAGCCUUUCAUGCAUGCCCAGAUUUCAUUGUUCUUCUUUGUAGUGUUUACAUCAGCUUGGUCCUGUAAGAACACACUCAUGUAUUGUACUGAGUGAGCUGACCAAAAAGAAACCACAACUUAUUUUAACUUGUGUAACUGUAUUCAUCAUCCUGUGACAUCCUGCUACAACACUUUAACACAGAGUGGACUUAAAAAGAAAUACUACGGUUGUUACUUGUUGGCUUUGUGGCUAAUGGCAAGUACAUAGGAGCAGCCAGACUUCUGUGUCAAAAAGUCUGCCUUGACUGUAAUUAACUGAAUGAAUCACUUGUUAGAGCAUGCAGUCUAUGAUGUAAAACAACACAGGACUUGUAGAGAUGUGGGUCAAUCAACAGUUACACAGCACAGAUGACCUUAUUAUGUUACUGGCAGGGACAAUGAAUUAUAACAGGCAUUUUGGGCUGUACAUGGGCUUUUUUUAAACCAUAUUAACAGUUGAGUCAAAUUCUUCUCUACAGUGUAAAAUUGUCUUGAAUAGACUACCCAUUUCUUCCAAGACUUUUUUCUGCUUCAACUAAUCGCCUUCAUCGGUCUCAUUGCAUAAGAGUAACAGCCAAUUUUUGUAAAAGUGGGUGACUUACUGUAUCUAU